AUGACGAUCUUGGCUAAGGAUGACGUACAUAAAAUAGAGUUUUCUAAAAUAUUCCCCAGAUUGGGGAUGUGUACAACGUUCUCCUCGAAGCUCGGGCAUAAACCCUUCGUCUUUUAUGUAAAUGAAGUUAUUCUGGCCGAGGGCGAAUUUACCGCUAUCGGACUCCAAUUACAGCUGGCCACCGCUGUCCGCAAUUCAAUCAGUGAUUUAGUUCUAACGUUUUGCAUUUCAUUUGAUUAUUUUGCUUUAAAACUCGGGAGGUCUCGAUUACGAAGUGCGGAUUAUACUAUUAACGAUGACGAUUAUGUGAUUUUACACAAUGCACUUUGGUAUAACAGCGAGGACUUGACAUUUUGGACUCACCAUGCCGUUCUAGUGUGGGUUUGA